AUGCCAUCUCAAGAGAAUUCAUCAAUGCUGUUCCACCGAGAAACAUUUCUAUUCUUGAGAUACAUCGGCGUAUGGAAACCCCAAAAUUUACCAAAAUGGAAGUCCAUUCUCUAUAACAUCUAUUCAACAGUAACAGUAACACUGAUAAUGACAUUCUGUCUCUCUCAAUUUUCGGGAAUCAUCUUAUCGAAAAGUGCAAAUGUGAAAGCGUUAAUGCAGAAUAUGUUCUUGGCCCUCACGACAAUGUGUAUCUGUUUGAAAAUCAUUAACUUGUUCUGCUGUCGUUCGAAAUUAAUAAAUAUUUUGGAAAUGUUGACGACACAUCCGUUUGAAUGCCAGAGCUCUGAAGAAUAUUCAAUUUGUUACAAAUUCAGCAGACGAGUACGAUGCCUUUCGAUCCUAUCCAUCGCAUACAUUGUAAUAGCACCACUGUAUUUUGCGAUUGAAGAAGUAUUGGGAAAUCUGGCCAAGAGAACUUUGCCCUUUAGCGGCUGGUUCCCGUACGAUUACUCCAGUCCAUCAGUCUGGUGGUGUAUCUCACUGUAUCUAGCAAUCAGCCUGUACCUCGAAGCUGUCUUCAACAUAGUAUACAAUGCCCUCUUCUUCGAAUUGAUGAUGCGAAUAGUGGCGCAGGUGAAAAUAUUGAAGCAUCGACUUCAAGUGAUGAUGACAGAUUUAGGAAACGCUAUGAGCGAGAAUUCGGCUGAAAAACACUUGCUACUGGAACGUCAUUUGUUCCGUGAUUGCGUUGAAUAUCACGUCGUCAUUCUCAGAAUGGCUAAGGACAUAAACUCCAUAUUUGCAACCAUAAUGAUGAUCCAGUACUUGAUAACUUCACUGGUUUUAUCGUCAACUGUUUAUCUCAUGUCUGAAACCAUGCUAGCCUCCCGAGAUUUUCUCAAACUCACCGUUUACUUCUUGUCCAUGUUUCAGCAGAUAUUCAUGCUUUGUUACGCUGGACAUUGUACGUAUUUGGAGUUUGAUAGUAUUGGUGAUGUUUUGUACACUUGCAAUUGGAUGACACUCAGUGAAAACAGUAAGCAAUCAAUGAAGUUGUUGCUGGUUAAUGCUAAGAAACCCUUUGUUUUCGAUUGCGGUGGUCUGCUGAAGUUGGAUAUGGAGGCAUUCAAAAAUACACUCAUGUUUGCGUAUUCCAUCUACAAUAUUUUUUAGAGAAACAUUAGGACGAAAAUUAAGGAUUCGUGCAAUAAAGAAUGUUCAUGUCUUUCAUGUAACAAUCACUGUAAUUAUGGCAUAUGAUACAAGAAAAUAUUGUGAGCAUUAGAUAAAUGUGCUGUAUUAGCUAUUCAGAAAAAAUAAAAUUUUCAAAGUUUCAUAGUUUAUCCUAUUCUGACCCAGAUUUUCUCAGCGCCAAAUAGUAGCUGCAGGAAUAUGUUAAGAUCGUGAU